AACCUAGUGUUUGUUUAUGUUUUCCAGUAUUGCCAACGUCUGUUCAGUUGUCUCAGACAUUUUCUCUGUUUUACUUGUUCCCGCUCCCUCUCUCUCAUCACCUCCUCAAAACCCUUUUCACAUUCUCUCUCUAAACUGUUGAUUCUCAGAGAAACAGUAGAGGAAGUUAUUUAUAAUCAUCUCCUGUUGCUUCUUGUGAUCGAUCAAAGUCAUUCGAUCAGAAAAAAAAACCUCUCUUUUAUUUCCUAAAUAGCUAAUCAGACUAUUUCUUCAAAAAGAUUUGAAGUUACAGAGCUGGGGCCGGCAGAGGAGAAGUCGAGAGCAAGGGUUUAAGGGUUAAACGUCUCAAUUUCUUGAAUUCUACGUGAAAUGCUUUAGAAGAAACCAAGGAUAAAGUUGUAAUUUAAGAGAUGGAACAAGAAAGAGUUAAUCCUGCGCCGAAUGUUAGUGGCUUAGUUCGUUCGUUCACGAAGGCUAUUAAAUUCCGGGGGUCUGGGAUUAACCAGGAUGAUCGGAUUAAUAAGGUACGUAUGAAACUUUCAUCCGAAGAUGAAGAGAAAGCACGGAUUAAAGCUUCAAUGGAUGCUUUGUUAGCUAAGCUUUUCGCAAGUAUUUCUUCUAUUAAAGCUGCUUAUGCUCAGUUACAAGUAUAUCAGUCUCCGUAUGAUUCAGAAGGAAUUCAGUCAGUUGAUGAGAUUUUAAUCGAUGAGUUGAUACGUUUAUCGGAAAUGAAACAAAUCUUUUUGAAGAAACAGAUCGAUCCGUCUCCUCAGGUUACGAUAUUAUUGGCUGAGAUUCAAGAGCAACAGGGUUUAAUAAAGACUUACGAUAUUAUGAGGAGACAGUUAGAGACUCAGAUUAAGGUUAAGGAUUCUGAUAUUAAUUUUUUGAAGGAGAAACUUGAAGAAUCUGAAAAACUGAAUAGAUCUCUUGAAAAGAGAUUGAAAUCUAGCCGAGUAGCACUUUCUGUCUCUGAUGAUCUUCACUUUUCAGGGUUGAAUCCAAAUCAUUUUGUUACAGUUUUGAGACAAACAGUAAAAUCAGUUCGAAGUUUUGUCAAGCUAAUGAUUUGUGAAAUGAAAUCUUCAGGGUGGGAUUUAAGUGCCGCAGCUAAAUCUUUCGAGCCCGAUGUUGUUUACUCGAGAUCCAAUCAUGUUUGCUUUGCAUUCGAAGCUUUUGUUUGCCGAAUGAUGUUUGAUGGAUUCCAGUUUAGUAAUUUCUCACAUCCAAGUCGACAUAAGACUAGCAAGAAGCCUCAUCAGUUCUUCAAGCAAUUCAUAGAAACAAAAUCAAUGAAACCAAACGAAUUACUCAGUAAAUUUCCCAAGUUUGGGAAGUUCUGCCAUGAAAAGUACCUUGUUUUAGUACACCCAAAGAUGGAGUUGUCACUGUUUGGUGACUUAAAUCAGAGAAAUACUGUGAACACUGGUGGUUACCCGGACACUCGUUUCUUUACGGAGUUUAUUGAAAUGGCAAAAUGGGUGUGGGUUCUUCAUCGUUUAGCGUUUGCCUUCGAACCCGAAGCAAUGAUCUUUCAGAUGAGAAACAGAUGUAGAUUUUCUGAUGUUUAUAUGGAGAGUGUAGCUGAAGAUGCUUUCUUGAUGGAAGAUGGGUCUCUUAUAUUGGAUCCUCGAGUCGGGUUUACAGUUGUUCCUGGCUUUAAGAUUGGUAAAACAGUUAUACAUUGUCAGGUAUAUCCAUGUCCUGGGUGAAUGUAAACUUCUUUGAUUCAACUUAGAUGAUGAUUAUGAAUUGGUUGGUCAGCUGGUUAGUCAUCGGAAGGAAUGAAGUGGAUCCCAUGGAUGGUUCUUGUGAUAUAUGAUCUGUAAUUAAGCUUCUGUUGAUGAUGGGAGGUUGUAUUAGUUUUUGGGGGUUGACAGGAGAAAUACAUGUAGCAGCAGUUGGAUAAUUUUGAUAAUCUUAAAAAAAAGGAAAGAAUAUAUAUGAAUAGCUUCAUUUUGGUAUUGCCA